AUGGAACCAAUUCCUCGACGUCCAUAUGGAACUAGCCUCCCCAAUGGAAAUAAUGAAAGAUUGGCCAAGGAAGUUUCCAUCGUCGGCUUGGGCUGUUCCUCCUUCUCGCAUUUUUUCGAUGCCGAAUCUUCGUCUAUUAGCUUGGACACACUUGACAAGACAAAUCCUAUCGUCCAGGGAUGGAUCAAAACGAUUCAUUUUGCGGUUGUGGAGACAGGAAUUAAUCUGCUCGAUACAGCCCCUUGGUAUGGCCAUGGGACAUCAGAAAUGGUGAUUGGUUGGGCCAUGGAAGGAUUGUUGGAAGAGAAAAAGGAUACAACGAGUAGUGACAAAACUGUGAUAUCGAGGACUAAGAUUCCACGAAAUCAAAUAGUCCUCAACACCAAGCUUGGUCGUUACGAGGCGAAUCCCAGCGAACAAUUUGAUUUUUCCCGCGCAAUGACUCUGAAAUCCGCCCAACGAUCUCUGGAACGGAUGCAAUGUGCCUACAUUGACGUCCUGCAACUGCACGAUCCCGAAUUUGCUCCUACCCUCCAAAUACUACUGGAGGAAACCAUUCCUGCCAUGAUGGAGUGUCAAAAGAAAGGAUGGUGUCGAGCCUUGGGAUUGACUGGGUUCCCAUUGCCAGUCCAGUAUCAAAUAUUCCAGGCUUCAUUGGAAACCUUUGGAACUAACGUGUGGGACCAAGCCCUGACCUAUGGUCAUUUCAAUCUUCAUGAUUCAUCACUUUUGUACCUUCCGAUGUCGCAACAGAAUCUUAAGGGAAUGGAAAUGUUGGAGUCGUCGUCAUCAUCAUCAAUACCCUCCUUUCGCAAUGUAUUGGUGGAGCAACACAGCAUGGGUGUCCUUGCAGCUGCUCCUUUGUCCAUGGGACUUUUUACCCCCCACGAACCACCCGAAUGGCAUCCUGCCGAUCCUCCCCUACAACAAGCCUGCAAAGCCGCGAAAGUGAUUUGCGAGCAGCACAAUGUCAACAUUGCGUCUUUGGCCAUUCUCUAUGCCAUCAGUCAUCCAGACAUUCCCUGUACUUUACUCGGAAUGAAGAGCAUCGAGCAAGUUCAGGCGGCUGCUUCGUUGGCUGGGCGACUGAAACAAGCCAACAUGACGAACUCUACCCAAGAUCAUCAAACGAUACUCAAGGCCAUUUUGACAAGGGACGAAUUGACAGCACUGGAAAAAAUUCAAGACCGAAACAAUGGUCCAUUUGCAGGAAAUGAACACUGGUCAUGGGACGGUGUGGAGGGGGCUAUCGAGUUUUGGUCAACUCUUGGUAUCAAAAUGGAUGUUUGGCAGCAGCGACAACUGUAG